AUGCACUUGUGGGUCAGCUACUUCCUCUGGAACGCGCUUAAGACCAUGGGCGUCAGGUUCGCGACCGCCGCUGCCGCCGCCGCCGUCGGCCCCCGUCUGGUUGGCGCGUUGCUGAGGCGCUUCGGCCGCCCCUUCAGGCGCUCCUGCAACGCGGCACUGUACAAAGUGCUCGGAAACAGGCUGGACACGUUUUCCGGCCCAACCGUGUUCGCACUCAGUCAGAAACAACUCAAGAAGCAAACGGUCCGACUACUGGUCUUCUUGGCGAAGACCUCGGAGAACACGUUCAGAUACCUGGUCGUCGACAUGGCAAUAUUCGGGUCCGCCGAACUGUUGAGAAAGGCCUGUCAGGCAAUGUUCACUAAAGACCAGGACGUCAAGCAAAAACCGAGCUGUUGGGAAAUUUAUGACAAUUACACGCCGAGAAACCAAUGCGGACACUUUCCUCGUGAACUUCCAAUUGCCACCGAUGUCGACGAAACCCAGUCUCUCGCGGUCCCAACGGAACCAUUGGAAGACAGCCGAAUUCUCGAACUCAUCGGCCAAUCUUCUGUAUACGUAGAAUGUACGCGCGAAGAACUCGAAGAAAUUCUCGCCCAAGACAACACAUGGACCUCUGGUGAACCACUCGCCACUUCAGUCGACUAUCCGUGCCUUGCGCAAAGUCUGUCCGACGAACUGGACAUGGACUUCUGUCAGCUCGGCUUGUCCAAAGACGACCUCUCUUUGUCACCCCUUCCUACUUCAUCCCCCCCCUUACCAGACCUGCCGUCAUGAACACCUCGUAAGAGAUGCUCUCCCCCUCACCUCCUUCUGUGACUCUCUGAGAGUGACUCCGCGAGCAUUUCUCCACCUGGCACUCUCGAUCCAUUCUCCACCAUCUCGUUCUGUGCCCACAGCAACAUCUUCAUCAACGUCACCAAGAGUGCCUCUGCUUCCUAUCUCAGUCAUACGCGGAAAAAUAUUUUGUAUACAUAAAAAUACGCGCAAAAUCA